AUGGAAAGCCACAUUGUCCCAGGUAAUUACAAAGGUCCUCAUGUUUUCACCCUUCUGAUCCUGCUCUGGAACCAGGCGCUGGUGGAGAUCAUUGAGAAAGGCAAGGAUGCGCUCAGUAUUAUAGGGUCCAACCUGACAUCUGUGAAGGAAGUUCCUCAGAACUGCCCACGGACAUACAAGCUGAUGUCCUUUGAUCCUGAUGGUGACAAAGUUCGAUGCAGAUAUGGAAAUAUCAUAGGUACUGAGUGCAGCUCAUGCAACCAACCUUCAGGCUUCGACUUGGAUCAGGAAGAUGAUGACAACCUCAUUUUUAAGAAUGAAAUCACCGCGGUCGACAACACAGAAGACCUGAUCACCAGGAAACACCUGCUGGAAGUUCAGUUCUACUGCCAGUACCCCAAACGGGGGAACGUGACACUUGGCUACACAGCACACAGGAAAAGUAUCACAGUGUGGGAGAAAGGCUUUGGUACUUUCACUUACCAGUUUGAGUUCUUUCCUGAUAACCAAUUCCAAACCAAGAUUGAUCGAAAUUCAUACCCUCUGGAGUACGACGUAGGGAGCAGGAUCUACAUGCAGAUAGAUGCCACCUCUUCAGCCAACAACACCGAGCUGUUUGUGGAGUCCUGCAGCGCUGCACCAUAUGACAACCCAAACUACCGGCCAACCUACUCCAUCAUUGAAAAUGGGUGUAAAGUGGACUCAUCUGUUGAAAUCCAUUCCUCCACCAACAAGAGACAAUUCCAGUUCAGCAUGGAGGCCUUCCGGUUCAUCGGCUUGCAUGAUCAGGUUUACAUCAGCUGUUCAGUCCUGAUGUGUGAAGCAGGGGACCCCCACACCAGGUGCUCGCAGGGAUGCAUCAACUCCACAUCUCGAGUUGGUCACCACCAUAACCACAGAAAGAGAGAGGCGGUCACCCAGAGUUUAAGGCACUUUGUUUCCCAGGGUCCCCUGCGCUUAACGAGAUCAGCAGAGAGCACCGGAAGCCCAGUGAUGAACCUGGAUCUGAACCUGGUCUUCAUCGCUGGUUGUCUUCUUGCAGCUGUUGCCAUGAUCUGUGCAUUGGCCAUGUUCAAAGCCAAAAUGUCAAGGGCCAAAUACCAGCCUUUGCCUACGUUCGUAAAUUAAGACAGCAGCAUGUGCAGAAUAGGAAACCAGACAGAAAGAUUAAUAUUAAACAACAAUGAGGAUGAUCAACUUGUACUGCAGCUGCUGGUUCGCUUGUGCUGGUUACCAUUGUGGGAUCCCAUGUAGCUUUACAACUGCUUCUACUAUUAAGUAUUACAGUUUGAUGUAUGGUAAAACAAGUAUCUUGAUUGACCUGUGUAGUCCUAUCCUAUCAUGAUCAUUCCUCAUUCAAAUGCUAAAAUUACACAUCAAAUGUUCUAUGGCUGGUCAGUUAUGAAACAGUUGCUUAACUUUGCUUUGUUUACUUACAUUCAAUUCCUCUCUUUUUUGAAAACUUUCCUGUUGCUGAAGCUCAUCAUGUUUCAUAACCUUUGUAGCAACCACCAGAGUGAUCAUGACUGCAAUGAUCCAUUAUGUAACAGAAGGUUGUAAACUAUAAAAGUAUACAA